AUGACAGGCUCUCAACUAAAUUCUAACGGUUCUUUGCAACUAGUCAAUUUCUUCACCGAAAACUGCCCAGCAGCGAAAAUCAUCAUCAAAGCAGACGAUGACAUUUUCCUCAACCCUCUCGUCCUCAUUCGAACUCUCGAACUCUACGUCCUCCGUUACCCAGAACCGCCAAUGAACGGAACCUAUCACAAAUUCGGCGAAACCGCGAGAAAAUACAAGGACACGAUCGAAAUUCUCGGAAACAUCAUUCUCCACGCAGCGCCUAAAGAAAGCCCUUUCGACAAGUACUUCGUCCCGGCUUCGAUUUCCGAAUCAAUCGUGGAUGAAAGUCAUCGCUACCCGGAUUAUUUCUCUGGCGCGCUUUUUGUGAUGACGAAUAAGGGGAUGAGGAAAUUUGCAAAAGAAGCGCUGGAAAAUCCAACGUUUCCGAUUGAUGAUGUUUGGGUCAGAGAGACUUUUGUCAAGGCGAAUCUUAGCGAGAAUUUCCACUUUGAGCCGCUGUUUUACCAAGGAUUUUUCAUCGAAACAAAGACAAAUUCAUCGCUUAUUCUUUCUUGCUAUCUAGCCGGACUGCCAGUCUUCCACAAGUUAAACAAAGAACAACGCCUCGCCACUUUCACAAUGAUGCAUCAUCUCGACGCGAACAAAUGCAUCAACGAUGAAAUUUUGCCCCGGAUCUUUGAUGAGUUCACUGGACUCGAUCGAGCGAUAGAUUUUUCGGGACCGAAAUCAACGAAAACCAGAUCGCAGAAAUUUCAAGCUUUGAAUUUUUUCGCUGGAAAAGAACUGAUGCGAUACUGGUGCAGAAAUUUGACGAAACUUCCUGGCUGGGGAGGAAGACAUCUUCAAAUUUGCCAUAAUUUUGUUUCAAAGCAGCACAGUCCGAGAAUCAUAUUGAAAAUUUGA